ACCUUUUUAAAAUUUUAUUUCUUUGUCCUGUAGUUGAUUUCAUCGUGUAAAACACUGCCACCUAGCGGCUCUCUUUCGUAACACUCACCUCCAAUUUGACUCAAUUUCCCAUCAGCCCUCGAGUCAGAAGGAAGGCGGUCAUGUGGACGAAAACAGGAGUGGGCAUCCGCCGCGCUGCACAACGCAACUUCGAGGAAAGAUGCACGAAGUGGAGGAUGGCGGCGAGGCAAACGUCUGCUCGGACCCCCGGCUCGUUCCCUUCAAGUCUCUAGAUGAGGCCGAGAUCAUAGAAGAAGGCGGGAAGCAGGAGCAGGCCUCCAGACUCUGCGGAUACUUGAGCAAACUGUCCGGCAAGGGACCCCUGAGGGGUUUCAAGCCGCGGUGGUUCGUGUACGACCCGAGAAAAUGUUACUUGUAUUACUUCAAAACUCCCCAGGAUGCAUUGCCGCUUGGACACAUCGAAAUAGGCGAUGCGUACUUCAGCUACAACGUGGAGGGAGAGGAGGGUCAGUUUUCGGUCUGCACCGCCGAGAAAGAGUUCCUCUUGAAGGCCCCUAGCCGACAAUUGAUGAACUACUGGCUCCAGCAGCUGCAGCAGAAACGCUGGGAGUUCAGCAAUGCUCGAGGCAGCGGCCAUAGAGACAGUUGGAGCUCCCCGACUACGGCAUUUCCCCUCACCGGCCUUGUAGGCAAAGAUAACGACGCGCCGGUCUUUGAGCAUCUCGGUGAGGGCAUGGAAAAAGUCCGCAGUGACUUCGCCAUGGAAACGGAGAUCGGUGUGGAAGAUCUUGUCGGGCUCCACUUGGCCAGAGGGCCGUCUGCUGCGGGCAACAGCAACCUCAACUUCUCCCUGAAAAACCUGGGGACAGAACUCAGGAACUCCAUGUCUUACCUGCGACCCGGCAGACUCGCCGAUCACAGACGCAGCGUGUUUUACACCGGCAACAGCAACGCCACGGAGGACUGGGAGAUGUUGGACGCUCCACCCAAGGACUUCUCUGAGCAUAAACAUCAGCCAGAUACACACAGGCGUUUCACUUUUGACUUUGGACGCAGCUCCACGCGGUCUAAGAGGCCUCUGCUUCGAGACCUAAUGGCUCCUGGGAGGUUUGGUCGCAACGAGGCGCGUAGCCCCGACCACUCGCCAGUGGAAUGCAACGGCAGCAAACCUUUGGAUUUGCAGCUCUGCCUCCAGAACCUGCAGGUGGAACUAAACCAGAUGCAGCAGGAACAGCUGAGACUCCAAGAGGAGCUGGUCGCACAGAAGGAGAUGGUCAGGCUUCUCCAACAGACUUUGAGAACAUCGCAGUGUGAGAGACUUCCAGUUUGCUCCCGGGCCCCAGACCCAAACGCAGCCACUGAGCAAAGCCAGCCAUCGGCUCUGACACAGGAGGAAGCUGCUCAGCUGGAGGCCCGGCUUCAGGAACGAGAUGAACAGAUUCCAGCCCUGUGCGGCCACAUGGAGCGUCUCUCCCUGGAGAAGGAGAGCCUGCAGCAAGAGCUGAAGGCCCUGAAAAUCAAGGUGGGCGAGAUGAACGACCAGCUGGGGAUGCUCAUGGAGACCAUCCAGGCUAAAGAUGAGAUGAUCAUGAAGCUGUCGCAAGAAAGCUCAACGCCGACCGGAAACACAAACGGAUCCGGUUCACCACAGCCUCACAAAGACCAGCAGGAGCUGGGUGUCCUCAAGGACAGUCUUCAAGGUUACAAAUCCCAGAACAAGUUUCUGAACAAAGAGAUCCUGGAGCUGACGGUGUUACGCAGAAACGCAGAGAGCCGAGAGAAAGCUUUCGAAGCAAAGUGCACGGCUCUGGAGGCCAGGCUGUGUCAGGUGGAGAGUAAAUAUUUGGUUUUGCUUCAAGAGGUGAAGAACCCAGUGUGUUCGACACAAGAGCAGAACCCCGCCAGCGAGGUCAUCUCCAGGCUGUUGGAGGACGCACUGCAGGUGGAGAGCCCAGACCAGCAGGAUCAUCCCAUCUUCAAGCCAAACACUGUCAGUGAAUAUGAUAUUUAUGGCUUCAAGACGGUCCCUGAGGAGGAGGAAGAGGAGGAGAGGCUUGUUGCAAAGGUGAGAGCCUUGGAGCUGAAGUCACUGUCCAUGACGGAUCAGGAGGUGUCUGUCGGGGUCAAGUGGGAGAACUUCUUGGCCAGCACGAUGAACCGAGACCUGGUGCGUUCCCCUGAGUUAAAGAGCCUGAUCCGCUGCGGCGUGCCCCACGAGCACCGCUCCAAAGUGUGGCGCUGGUGCGUCUCCUUCCAUGUCAAGAAGUUUCGGGACCACUUGGCUCCAGACUAUUAUGAGACUUUGCUGAAUGUGGCACGAGAAAAGCCCAACCCGGCCUCCAAGCAGAUUGAGCUGGACUUGCUGCGUACUCUGCCCAACAACAAGCACUACGCCUCACCGAGUGCGGCCGGUAUCCAGAAGCUCAGGAAUGUUCUGGUGGCUUUCUCCUGGAGGAAUCCAGACAUUGGUUACUGUCAGGGCCUGAACAGGCUAGCAGCCAUUACUUUGCUCUACUUAGAUCAAGAGGAUGCUUUCUGGGCCCUGGUGGCCAUCGUGGAAGUUUUUAUGCCAAGAGACUAUUACACCAAGACCCUGUUGGGCUCCCAGGUGGACCAGCGAGUGUUUAAAGACCUGAUGAGCGAGAAGCUGCCACGUCUCCACGCCCACUUUGAGCAGCAAAUGGUGGAUUUCUCCCUCAUCACCUUUAACUGGUUUCUGGUGGUGUUUGUGGACAGUGUGGUGAGCGACAUCCUCUUCAAGAUCUGGGAUGCCUUUUUGUUUGAAGGACCAAAGAUCAUAUUUCGAUUUGCUCUGGCGCUCUUUAAGUACAAAGAGGAAGAGUUUUUGAAGCUGCACGACUCCACUGCCACCUUCAAAUACCUUAGAUACUUCACGCGCACAAUCCUGGACUCAAGAAAGCUGAUGAACAUUGCAUUUGCGGGCAUGAACCCAUUUCCAAUGAAACAGAUCCACAACCGCCGCGCCUUUCACUUGGAAAAGGUCCGUCUGGAGUUGACAGAGCUGGAAGCCAUCCGGCAGACCUUCCUCAAGGAGAGGGAGACCAGCCAGGACAGACGGAGCUUCGUCAGCGAUGACGAGGAGGAGAGCUGAACUCUGGUCGUUUUGGAUUUGACUCAUUUUUACAUUUCUUAACAUUGAAGACAAAGAGAGCAUUUCCACAUUCGGGUGAUGCCCUGCAUCAGGAAGCUGCUGGAGUUGGUCUCUGCAUCAGAGCUGGAAAAAAGAACCCUGUAACAUCACAUCAGUAUUCCUGCCUUUUUUUUUAUGUUUCUCUGCUGCACGAGUCUGUUCAUGUUUCCACCUUCAAUGUACUUAAAAAAAAAACCUGAAUCAGUAUUUCUAAAAUCAUGGCUGUGAUUUUAUUUUUAGUCUUGUUAAAAGUUUUCUUAUUUUUAUAAGGAUAACUUUCAUUCUGUUUUUUCUUAAAUCUCUAUUUUUUUAAGUCUUUAAUUUUCUUGCACAAAAAAAAGAAACGAUCUUUUUCACAGGUCAUCCUGAUGUCAAAACUCUGCUGAAACAUUACAAAUGACUUAAAACAACAAAUUGUGAAUCAAAAUCAUUGUUAAGUUGCCAAAAGAUCACAAAGUGGAAUUUGUAUUGUUGAUUUGAACUAAGUGUUCAAAUUUCACAAGGAAAGAAGUCACAAUUUGGCCAGUAUUUUCUCAUCACAGCAUCCAGUUUGACUGGUGCUGAUAAAAGCAUCUGAAGGGAUCAAAACCACUCGGUGUCUACAUUUGCAUGGGGACAGUUUGCUUAAAUAUUCCAAGGGUUAUUCAAAUAGAAUUUUCUUAAGACUUUAAGGCCAAACCUGUAGAUUCUUUAAAUUUAAUACACCUUUUGUUUACAUGCAGAAAAAAGUGCCAAAUGCUGAGAAAUAUAACUUCCCCAUUGUGGGAUGAAAAAAGUUUUCUGAGCUCAAAAAUGAAAAUACGGGUGUAGUAACACCUUUUGUCCUCAGUGUGGCGGUACAACAUUUGUUUACAUAUGUAGAGUUUGACAGCCCUGUUUCAGGUCUGUCAGGCAACAGGCUGGUGAUCUGAAAAAAAUCACUUAGCUUCUCGUUCAGGUACUCCGCAUUCCUCCGCCAUGUUUUGUAAUUAAUUAGCACUUGCAACCUGAUCUCUUCCUAAAUGGAGCAGGAAUAAUCCUGUUUAUGCCUCCUGACUGACUAAAGUGUGAAAGGUUUUAGGUUGAGAAAUGUUUAUUUUUAAAUGACCCCUCUUGUAUGUUGCCAAUUGAGGUUUCCCCUUUGAGCUGAAAUGUUUACACAGAGCUGCCACUCUCCUCUCUGCUGCUGCUUUUUCUCUGAUUUCAUACGUUUCCUGUUUAUGUUACGGACGAGAAUGUCAUUUAUGUUUGUGAGGGCAGGUCUCUCUGUUUUACCAAAACCUGCCAAUAGAAUUGUUUUGGAUACAAGGCGUUCAUCUAUGCUGAGAAGUUUUUCAUUUAGUUCCCAUUUUUUUGUCUUAAAAAAAAAAAA